AAUGUUUGCAUAGAGCCCAAUGCUCCUCAGACCUUCACUGGUGAGACUCAAGGUACAACAACCAUUGGUCUGAACUGGGCUCCUCCAGACAGUGCCAACAACGCAACGUUUGCCAAGUACAGGAUCACAUACACCCCAUCUGGGGGUACCAAUAAGACUAAAGAGGUCCCUGGCACAACUACCAUCACCACCAACCUGGAAGGGCUGUCCCCAGGUGUCCUGUACACCAUCAGUCUUGUGGCUGUGAGUGCAGAUGACAGUAUAGUCAGUGCAGAGGCAGCAGGAGGACCUCUGACUGUCAGGACAAAGCCCAAUGCUCCACAGAGAUUCGCUGGUGAAACUCAAGGUACAACAACUAUUGGGCUGAGCUGGGAUGUACCUGACAGUGCCCACAGUGCAACAUUUUCCAAGUACAGGAUCACAUACACCCCACCUGGGAGUAAUGGUCAGACCCAAGUUAUGAUAGAUAAUCCAAGCACCACCAGCUUCACUCUGGCAGAACUGUCCCCAGGUGUUCUGUACAGCAUCAGUCUUGUUGCUGUGAGUGCUGAACCCAACCCUACUGAAAGUGCAGAGGCAGCAGGAGGAACUCUGACUGUCAGGACAAAUCCAAAUGCUCCAGAAGACUUUGCAGUCACAAGUUUUACCACAACCACCAUUGAACUCAGCUGGGAUGCACCUGACAGUGGCAGCAGUGCCACAUUUGAUAAAUACAGAGUCACCUACUCCAGUGAACAUGGCAACCAAACACAGGACACCACCUCUACCAGCUUCAGUUUGACAGGACUGUCCCCAGGUGUUCUGUACAACAUCAGUUUGAAGUCUGUAAGUCAUGAUCCCAGUCUUACAGUCAGUGCAGAGGCAGCAGGAGGACCUCUGACUGUCAGGACAAUGCCAAAUCCUCCUAAGAGCUUCACUGGAGUCACUGUUAACACAACAACCAUUCGCCUGACCUGGGCUGUACCUGACAGUGCCAACAAUGCAACAUUUGACAAGUACAGGAUCACAUACACCCCAUCUGGGGGUACUGAGCAGACUAAAGAGGUCACUGACCCUGCUGCCACCAGUGCCAACUUAGAGGAGCUCUUCCCAGGUGUUCAGUACACCAUCAGCCUUGUGGCCGUCAGUGCUGAACCCAAUCUUACAGUCAGCCAGGAGGCAGAAGGAGGACCUCUGACUGUCAGGACAAACCCCAAUGCACCAAAGACUUUUGCCAUGACAAGCAAGGAUGAAACCACCAUCAGUCUGAGCUGGGCUGCCCCUGACAGUGACAACAAUGCUACAUUUGCCAAGUACAGGAUCACAUAUACCAACUCUACUGACAGUUACGUAGAGGAAGUUGACAAAAGCACCACUAGCACCACUUUGACAAGACUGUCCCCAGGUGUUCAGUACACCAUCAGUCUGGUGUCUGUGAGUGCUGAACCCAGUCUUACAGUCAGCCAGGAGGCAGAAGGAGGACCUCUGACUGUCAGGACAAAGGCUGACAAGCCAACAGACCUGAGAGAGAGUUUUGUGAACACCACUGCUAUAAAUGUGACAUGGGCGAAACCUGAUUUAGGACAGUUCGAUGGCUAUGUAGUGUCCUAUGGAAGCAGCCCUAGUGACAUGAAAAAUAUAACUAUUGAUGAUGAAAAUGUCAACGUAACCACUCUCUCAGAUCUGAUUCCGGGAGAACUGUAUGAUAUAUCGGUGUUGGCUUACAGUGCAAAUGUCGAGAGUGAAAGUGACUACACCCAAGUCAGAACAAUACCAGAGAGCCCUGUUGGGUUUAACUGUACUAUGGUCGAAAGAGAACAUCGAAUUGACCUGAUCUGGACAAGACCUGUUGGAGUGCUUAACAACUACGAUGUAACACCAGGUCAAAAUGGAGAGGGAAAUAUUGAGACGGCAGAAACAUCAGCUGAAGUUAAUGGUCUGGAUCCCAACACACAGUAUACCUUUACUGUGGUUACUGUCAGCGGAAAUCGACGCAGUGCUGAAGUCACCGCUAGGUGUAAAACUGACACAGGCCUACCAGGGUUAACAAACACAUCAGCAAAGCCUCCAGAUCCACUUGAGGGAACACUUGGAACUUCCUCAUUCACGGUCCUUCUGGAUACCAGCCUCUUUGAUGACAGCAGUGGGCCACUACAGGUGUAUAACGUUCUCAUCCAAGAGUACAACAAAGAACAGCAACAAAUGCAGUCAGGAGAUGACAUUGUCAUUGAACAUGGUGGGAAACUUCUGAGCUGGUACAGUGUAAGGAAAUCUGAUGAUAGAGACACGCGGUACAAGUUCUACAAGGCUGCAGAAUUUAUUCCAGGCACGAGCAACCGCCGUCGACGCAACAUUGAAGAAAUCCCCAUAGGGGAUAAUUCAACCUGUGAAAAUGAGGCGGAUGUAUACUGCAAUGGUCGUUUGAAGCCUAAUACCCAAUAUAAGUACGUGCUUCAAGGCUGCACCAAAAGCUGUGCAAACAAUCCCUGCAACUCAGAUGACCUGUAUUACUGCAGAGAAACACAACCCUCAGAAAUCAUAAAAACAGCCGAAGAACCAAGCCCAAUAGGACUAAUCAUAGGUGUGGUUGUUGGAGUAUUGGCCGCAAUUGCCUUAAUCGCAGGUGGAAUCUUUUGGUACAGAAGGAAAAACAAGAAAUCACGUGACUCCAGUAAUGGACCUGUGGGUCGUGAGAACCGUUCCUUUGUGAUGGAAGAAUACAGCAACAAUCAGCCCAAGGUGCCCAGAGUGCUGAACAAGCCGAUAAAGCUGACAGACUUUGUGAAAUAUCACACCGACAUGAGCAGGGACUCAGAGUACCAAUACUCAGAGGAGUAUGAGAAACUGAAGCACGUUGGCACAGAGCAGUCUCGUAAUGCAGCCUCACUGCCGGAGAAUGUGGGCAAGAACCGGUACACCAACAUCCUGCCUUAUGACAACACCAGGACCAAACUUGCAGCCAUUGAUGAUGUGGAGGGGUCAGACUAUAUCAAUGCCUGUUAUAUGCCUGGCUACAGCUCGAAGCGUGAGUUCAUCGCCUCCCAGGGUCCGCUGCCGGGGACGAAGGAUGACUUCUGGCGGAUGGUGUGGGAACAGAACACCUCUAUCAUCGUCAUGGUGACGCAGUGUGUGGAGAAGGGACGGGUGAAAUGUGACCACUACUGGCCAUAUGACAAUGAGCCAGUCUACUACGGUGACAUCAUUGUCCACAUGGUGAAUGAGUCAGUCCUACCAGAAUGGACCGUCAGGGACUUCACACUACAGCAUGGUAAUGAGACCAGGACCGUGCGGCACCUAAACUUCACGGUGUGGCCUGACCACGGUGUUCCUGACACGACCAUCUCCCUGCUGAAGUUUGUACGGACGGUUCGGGGACUGAUCCCGCAGGACAACAAGAACCCUGUCAUCGUGCACUGCAGUGCCGGUGUGGGGAGGACCGGUACCUUCAUCGCGCUGGACCGGCUGCUGCAGGACAUCGAGGACGGCCACGACAAGGUCGACAUUUUCGGCAUCGUGUCUGAGAUGAGGAAACACAGGGUCUUCAUGGUGCAGACGGAGGCACAGUACAUUUUCAUCCACCAGGCUGUUUCUGACGUCCUGCAAGGCAAGGACAAGGAGCCGGAGGGCGCUGCUGCAAUGGACGAGCCACUGUACGAAAACGUCAACAUGGGCAGACAGCCGCCUGAGAACGAAGCCAUAUAUGUGCUCAACCAACAAGGCACCAGUACAAUCUGA